UUCCAAAUCUCUAGUUUUUGUUUGUUUAUUUCCAUUGCCUUUGGCAUAUACUGAUACAAAAGUUUUCAGUUGAAACAUCACUCUUGCCUGCCUGAUCUUGUUGGUUGGAAAAUGUUGUGUUGUCCCUCCACUGAUCUCUGCUACUAUGAAUGUUACCUUUUCUUUCUCGUAUAUGGAGGACUACUGUUAGCAGGGUGCACCCUCUCCAAGUUUGUAUAGCUACGAAUGCUGCAUAUGUGAUGGUUCUUACUUCAGUUGAUCAUUGUUCAAACUAUUUGGAGAGAUCACUUUCCGAUGAAGGAGAUUAUCAAUGACAUGAAUGGAGUAUAUGCUUUCUGCAGCCAAGCCAGCUAUUUCAAAACUAUGGUUGAAGAUUGAAAGGGCCCCUCAACCUAGAUAUACAACUCCUAGCUCCAGACCCAGCAGGCUUGGAUACUUGAAGCGAGGAGUAAAGCUGAAGCCCUAGAAUUGAAGUACCCGCGAUGAGGAAGAUGAAGAUGAAGAUGCUGACGAGGCCUUCUUCUUCUCCUCCUGGUUUCGGUGCAUGCAUGCUUUACCUUCCUCCUUAUUUCUCGUCUUUAUCGCAUAAUAGAUUUCAUUCCAAAUCCCUGAAUUUUAAUACCCUCGAUGAUGCUCUCUCUUCUUUUAAUCGAAUGCUUCAUAUGCAUCCUCCUCCCUCCACUGUUGAUUUUAAUCGACUUUUAACCUCCAUUGCUAAAACGAAGCAGUACCCCACUGUGUUCUCUCUUUCUAACCAAAUGGAUUCUUUUGGAAUUCCACCUGAUGUUUACACACUUAACAUCCUCAUUAACUCUUUCUGCCACUUGAAUCGGCUGGGUUUCGCUUUCUCCGUUUUAGCCAAAAUCCUCAAACUUGGGCUUCAACCUGACACCGCAACCUUCACCACUCUGAUUAGGGGGCUCUGUGUUGAGGGUAAAAUUGGUGAUGCCCUCCACUUAUUUGAUAAAAUGAUUGGGGAAGGUUUUCAACCCAACGUAGUUACAUAUGGAACAUUGAUAAAUGGGUUAUGCAAAGUGGGCAACACUAAUGCCGCUAUCAGGUUACUUAGAAGCAUGGAACAAGGAAAUUGUCAGCCUGAUGUAGUUGUCUAUACCCCCAUCAUUGAUAGCCUUUGUAAGCACAGACAAGUAACCGAGGCUUUCAACCUUUUCUCAAAGAUGGUCGGUCAAGGCAUUUUGCCUGAUAUUUUUACUUACACCUCACUAAUUCACUCUCUAUGUAAUUUAUGUGAGUGGAAACAUGUUACAACACUGCUUAAUCAAAUGAUAAAUAGCAAGAUAAUGCCAGAUGUGGUUAUCUUUAGUACAGUGGUGGAUGCACUCUGUAAAGAAGGAAAGAUCACGGAAGCUCAUGAUGUAGUCGACAUGAUGAUUAUAAGAGGUGUGGAGCCUAAUGUAGUCACCUACAAUGCAUUGAUGGAUGGACACUGUUUGCGAUCUGAAAUGGAUGAGGCAGUUAAAGUAUUUGAUACGAUGGUUCAUAAUGGCAAUGCGCCUAAUGUUAUAAGCUAUAACACCUUGAUCAAUGGUUAUUGUAAGAUUCAAAGGAUGGAUAAGGCCCUGUAUCUCUUUGAAGAAAUGUGUCGAAAAGAAUUGAUUCCUAAUACUGUGACUUACAACACUCUUAUGCAUGGCUUAUGCCAUGUGGGAAGACUCCAGGAUGCAAUAGCACUUUUUCAUGAGAUGGUAGCUCAUGGCCAAAUUCCAGAUUUGGCCACUUACCGCAUUUUAUUGGACUAUCUAUGCAAAAAGAGUCAUCUUGAUGAAGCUAUGGCUUUGCUGAAAACUAUUGAAGGUAGUAAUAUGGAUCCUGAUAUACAAAUUUAUACUAUUGUCAUUGAUGGCAUGUGUAGGGCUGGUGAACUUGAGGCCGCAAGGGAUAUCUUUUCCAAUCUCUCCUCCAAAGGUUUGCGUCCUAAUGUUCGGACUUAUACCAUAAUGAUAAAUGGGCUUUGUAGAAGAGGUUUAUUAGAUGAGGCAAAUAAGUUAUUCAUGGAAAUGGAUGAGAAUGGUUGCUCACCAGAUGGUUGCACUUACAAUACAAUUACCCAGGGACUUUUACAAAAUAACGAGGCAUUGAGAGCUAUUCAACUUCUUCAAGAAAUGCUUGCAAGGGGAUUUUCUGCUGAUGUAUCCACUACGACCUUAUUAGUGGAAAUGUUAUGUGAUGAUAAAUUGGAUCAAUCUGUAAAACAAAUUCUAAGUGAGUUUGUGCAGUAAAGAGUGGACUUUUAUGAAAUGAGGAGGCAUUGAGAGCUAUUCAACUUCUUCAAGAAAUGCUUGCAAGGGGAUAGGUUAGUUGUCAUUGAUGUCCUUUGAUGUGGAUUUCAUUUAAAGGACCUUAAACUGAUUGUCUUGUAGAAAUGGUAUAGGCAAUGAUUCAAAUAAUUCAUGGGUUACUGCCACUGGUGUUACUUGAAGCAGUUUGGUCUUAGGUUUGAGCUCACUUGGUUGCACUAGAGCACCCAUGAGAUUUUACAACUUGUAUGUUAUAUAUGUAUGGUAGAUCUUAUUAUACAUUUAGCCAAUUAUUUACUGAUGGUUGAGCUUAAAA